ACCAACUUGGAAGAAGUAUGAAAAAGUAAAAUGUCUGGGUUACAAGAGAGACAACAGAAUGUGAUGUCUGGGUUGGAGGAGAGAGUGCCACAUGAGGCAAUUUCUGGUUUGGAAGAAAAACAGCAACCGGACCCCAACUCGUCCAGUAAAAUGCUUGUGGCUGCAAUGGACUUUGGCACCACAUACUCAGGAUAUGCCUUUAAGUUUAGGCACGAGGCCACAAAGAAAAUGUACAUCAAAUCAUGGCAUAAAGAGGCUGGCAGUAGUUGUUUGCCAUCUGAGAAAGCCCCGACAUGUGUUCUUCUGCGAGCAAACGGAGAAUUCAAGUCAUUUGGUUAUCAAGCAGAAAAUGAAUACAGUGAUAUUGCAAGUGAAGGUCUGGAGGAAGACUGGCAUUUUUUCCGACAUUUCAAGAUGCUUCUCCACAAUCAAGAAGGACUUAGCAGUGACACAGCGUUGAAAGAUUCAAGAGGUUUUGAAAUGCCAGCAAAAGAUAUUUUCACACACUGUAUCAAGUAUAUGAAAGAUGACUUACUAGAAAUUGUAAAAAAGAGGAAGGUUGAUACAGUGUAUACAGAGGAUAACAUUUUAUGGGUUUUAACAGUUCCUGCCAUCUGGGAGGAACCUGCUAAACAGUUCAUGCGAGAAGCUGCAGAGAAAGCAGGAAUCGAGGGUGGUAAUCUGCUGUUGGCGCUGGAACCGGAGGCUGCAUCUGUCUACGUCAAAGAAAUGAACGUGGAAGUUCAUCAAGAUCAAGACAUGAAUCAGUCCCGUCUGUCUGCUUUUUUCCCUGGAACCAAGUAUAUGAUCGUAGAUUUAGGUGGUGGAACUGUGGACGUAACGGUCCGUGAAGUCUUGGAUGACCGAUCUCUGAGGGAAAUUACAAAGGCCAGCGGCGGGGCAUGGGGAGGACUGAGAGUCAAUCAACAGUUUUAUCAGUACAUUGAAGGAAUAGUCGGGAAGGAAGUGAUGGAUGGGCUUAAGGAGCAAUAUCCAGCGGCUCACCUGGACCUUGAACGAGAGAUAGAACAGAAAAAAAGGAACUUACAAGGUGACGAAAAUAAGAAAAUUGCAAUAAAUCUUCCAGGAGAACUAUUAGAAUUGUUUGAGGAAAACAAAGGACAAAAGUUGUCCGAUUUUGUAAACUCCUCAGAUCAUUAUAAGGGGAGAGUCGAUAUGAGACACGAAAAACUUCGAUUUGACAUAUCGGUUACUUUUUCCAUGUUUAAGCCUGCCGUGGACAGUAUUUUGCAUCACAUUGGGGAAUUGCUUUCAGACCCAGUCACUGGAGGUUUGCAAAAUAUCAUGCUUGUUGGUGGAUUCUCGGACUCCAGAAUUAUUCAGAGAACAGUAAAAGAGCGUUUUAAGGAUUUUAGAGUUGUAAUUCCUCAAGAUGCAGGUCUAGCCGUCCUAAAGGGCGCUGUUUUAUUUGGGGAGAACCCACUCAUUGUGUCAGAAAGAGUCAGUCGAUUUACGUAUGGCACUAAACAGUUUCGAUAUUUUUUGGAUGGUGACCCUUCUGAAUUCAGGGAGGAGAUAGGGGGUGUACCAUACUGCAAGAACGUUUUUAACGUCUUAGCUAAAAGUGGUCAAACAUUCCGCGUAGGUCAAAAGGUCAACACAGAGGUGUCGCCAGUUAUACCAGAUAUGACGCGAAUGCCAGUUAUAUUUUGCCAGUCAAACAACCCAGACCAAAAAUAUGUUGAUGAAAAUUGCAGGGAAAUUGGAACUUUAUUAGUUGAUAUGCCAGACACAACGGGUGGUCUUGACCGCAUAGUGGAUGUGUCCUUGACCUUUGGUGACACAGAGCUACAUGUAACUGGUACUGAUAGAUCUUCUGGGAGGAAUGUUUCUGUUGCAAUUGAACUCUUGAAGAAAAAAUGAAGCCACUGCAUUUGUCACUAUUCUACUGGAAACAGAAUGGACACAAAUCCCGUGGCAUCCGAAGGCAUUCCUUCUUAAGUUUUGAUUUUAUUUCAAUAAAACUUUGUACAUGUUUAUAAAAUACAAUGUAUCAGGAUACUCAAUUUUGUGAAUACAAAAUCAAAAGGGGGUUGCCAUUUCCAACAUUAUAAGUACAAACCAGUAAUGCUACAGUUUCAACAGAUACUUCUGGGUGUUUGUUUUGAUCCAGAUACUUUUAUUUCGAUUUAUAGUUUUUGAUGAAAAAUAAUGAUAUGAAUGUUCAAAACCAUAGUGUUUAUCUUGGUUGAAUAUUGACGUUUCAUAUAAACUGAUACUUUAGCAAAUUAACAGUGACAUAUGAUUAUCAAUGACAAAUACAUGGUAGUGUGAAUUCAAUGCAUUGAUUUUCAUUACCCUAAUCUGAAAUUCAUUCUCUCUAUAUAUCUCUCUCUCUCGUUUUUGUACAUUUUUUUUUUACUUGAGUGAACAAGUGGAUUUUCUGUACAUUUUUGCUUGUAAUGGUGUCAACCCCCUUCUUUUCCAUCACAUUAAAUUUGUCCAAGAGAAGAGAUUUCAAUAAAAUCUUUGAAACUUUUCGAAAUUUUAAAAUACUCAGCUUAACAAUGUUUACCUCAUUACUUGGAUUAUGCCAAAUGAAGAUUCUGACUUUGCUGUUGUAUUAUCCAACAUCUAAUUGAAAAUUUUAAGAUAAGAAAACAACAUACAUGCACAAUAUAUCACAUAGUGGUUAUACAUAUACUGUUUGUUUGCAAUUUUUGUUUUGUUAGAGUUGACGGCUAUAAUUCUCUGUUCCUCAUACAAUGCAAUUGUUUUGCUUUAUUCUUUUUUUUCUUAAUUUUUUUAUGAUUUUGGACAUUGUACAUUAUGAUGCUCCACUGUGGGCCGAAAUCGGUUGAAUAAAUAUUUUAUUCUAUUCUGAAUUCA